GCCCAAAGCGGAACCGAAGGGAUCCGUAAAAGCACUAGCAUCUGUAGGAGCCUAAUCGGUCCGUGAUCUGUUCUUCCCUGUGCAUUCGCACCGCCUCCAUCUGCUCACAGGACCCGCUAGAAACCUUCCAGAAACAGGCCAUCUAUCUGCGCAUGAAAGAAUACAAAACCCUCUGGCUGGCCGGCAGCGAGCGUAUUGAUGAGCUGGAAAGCAAUGUUAAUAACCUUCGGAAGAGUGUCCAAAUUAUCAAUCAUUACUGGAACGAGGUCACCGAGGACAUCAAUCUGCUAACAAUACGGGCGCAAGAUUUUGGCGGGCCGCUGGACGAAAGCAUCCUCGAACGAACGCCCGAUUUCACAAGUCUCCUGGAGCAUAUCCUGAACGCAUCGACUCAGAAGCAGCCUCCGGAUCUGGUCGAGACCAAGUCGCGGGAACGGUGGAAAGCGACCAAAGUCAAUCUCGGCCAUUUGCUGCGGAAAGUCCAGGCGCUGGCGACCUCAUUAAGUUCGCAGAAUGCCUCAAAAACGUCGACAGAAGGCUCCGAUAUCGCGGCUCUGAGAGAAGAAAACGAUCGGCUAAGGAAGUUGGUGGACUCGCAUCAACUGAACCUGUCCAAGUCUCAGAAAGAGGCAGCAACACUCACUACCAAGCUUGCAAUCAACAAAAAACGGCGCAGCGAGCUCGAGGCGUCGGUUGAAUCGCUGAGUGAGAAGCUUGUUGCGGCCGAGAGGUUAGUCGAGAAAGCCAAAAUGGGAUCCAAGGUGACCAAUGGGCCGUCAAAGGACGCCUAUAGUGCCGAAGUACAAAAGUUAGGCAAGACGGAUCAAACUGGCGGGGAGCCUGCUGUGACCGAGUCCAAGGAGGUCAUCACCAACACUGUUCUUGCUGAGUCGCGGCUAGCCGAGAUCGAGGCUCUUCGCAACGAAAAGAUGCAGCUUGCGACCGAACUGGAUACUUGGAAGGCACAGAUCCAGGAAAUCACCGAGGACUACAUUCGCCGCACCCCGAUUUUUGCAACGAUCGAGUCGGAGCUUAACUAUUAUCGAGUCGACAAUGUUCUGCUCAAGGAAAGGAUCGAGAAAACGACGACCGAGCUUGAGAAGCUACACGGCGAACGGCGCCAGUUUAUCGAGAAACUGGAGGCCGAGGAAGGCGCCCGUCGAAAAAUGCUCGAGAAUGAGAUCCGCAACAUCCACAAUGAAGUCACGCGCUUGCGCGGAAAUCGCGAUGCGAUUCAGCGAGAGCUGGAGCAGUACAAAGUCAAGAGCGAGUUGGAAAUCAUCCAGCACAACGAAAUCUCGCACAUUGCAAAUAAUCGGAUCGAAUCAAAGCGCUGGAGCUGCACAUACAGAGGCUGAAGAUGGGGAUAGCAGCAAACGCCGGCGACCGAACCCUGAUGCUGUUUUUCGAAGAGAACCCGAGCGGCAACCCACUGGAGGAUCUGCGACAAAAGAUCAAGGAUGCCGAUGCCAAGGUCAAAGAGCUUGAA